AUGGCGACAGCGCCACAGCCUGUCUCUCCUGCCAACUCGGGUCGGCACAGGACUGUGAUCACCGUGGCCGUUAUCGUGGCAGUUAUUGGUCUCAUCAUCUUCUCGGCCAUCUGGGUGAGGCGUCACAGCCCGAUCCGAAGGCUCGACGAGUUACAGUUGCAAGCCGAACUGCAACGCUCUGGACUUCGGCGGCGUCGACGUCAACAAGAACAACGAGAAAAGGGCAUUGGCAUCUCUUUGCUCCAAAGCAUCCCAGUAGUCAAAUAUGAUGGCGACCCCGGGAAAAUACGACGCACUAAGAGCUUGGAUUUGGAGAAGGGACACCAGAACCGGGACGCUCACAACUGGUCUUUGGAGCAAAGCCAACAUAACAUCAAAGAAAUGCAUGCAGAAAUGAUGGAGAUCGGCAAAACCCCUCACAGAAAGGAAAAGGAGGGAAAUCAAAAGAAAUCUGACCUUGAAUCAGAGGAGCCAGAGUGUCCUAUCUGCACACAACCGUUUGUGAAGAACGAGUUUCUUCGAGUCCUUCCUUGUGGCCAUCGACACCACCAGAGAUGUGUCGACCGGUGGCUGCUGGGCUUCGGCGGAACAUGUCCUGUUUGUCGCGUGCACAUGGACUCUUUCUACCUGCAAUCCGCGGAACCACUCGAUCUUCCAAUGAAGCCAGAGCCCGUUGUAGUGACCGGUGAAGAUCUUGAAGAUAGUCACCAUCACCGACCGGAUCUAUAA